AUGGCCGACUCGUCCACUGCCCCCGUCGUGCCUGUCAUGACGAACGGCACAACCAAUGGCGCCAAUGGCGACCACAGGCCGCACACGCCCGAGACGAAUGGCGGCUUCUCUUUAACCGAGUACAGCGCCAAUCCCACCACACCUGCAGAAGUCAAGCGCAACCGCAUCAAGAGCAUCGUACCCGAGGAAUUCCUGCUUCCCAACGGAUACCCAGAUUACCUUCGCCUUAUCGCCAGCGCUACAUCACGAGUCUACGAAGCCUGCAAGCUGACCCCCCUCCAACCAGCCGUCAACCUCAGCAACCGUCUCGAAUGCAACGUCCUCCUGAAGCGUGAAGAUGAGCAGCCCGUCUUCAGCUUCAAGCUGCGCGGCGCCUACAACAAGAUGGCCCACCUCGACCCCGCCAAGAGCUGGAAGGGUGUCGUUUGCUGCUCCGCCGGCAACCACGCCCAGGGUGUCGCCUACUCGGCCCGCAAACUCAAGAUCCCUGCGACCAUUGUCAUGCCCGAGGGCACCCCCAGCAUCAAGCAUCUGAACGUCGCACGGCUGGGCGGCCACGUCGUGCUGCACGGUCAGGACUUCGACGCCGCGAAGGAGGAGUGCGCACGUCGCGAGCAGCAGGAUGGGCUCAUCAACAUCCCGCCUUUUGACGACCCAUAUGUUAUCGCCGGCCAGGGCACCAUCGGCAUGGAGCUUUUCGGCCAGACCAAUAUGUCCAAGGUCGAGGCCAUCUUCUGCUGUGUUGGCGGUGGUGGUCUCAUUGCCGGUAUCGGCGUCUACAUCAAGCGCAUGGCGCCCCACGUCAAGAUCAUUGGUGUCGAGACGUACGAUGCCAAUGCCAUGGCGCAGUCACUGGUCAAGGGCGAGAGGGUCGUCCUGAAGGAUGUCGGCCUAUUCGCGGACGGUGCCGCGGUCAAGACGCCUGGCGAGGAGACGUUCCGCAUCGCUAAGGAUGUCGUCGACGACGUCAUUCUCGUCACGACGGACGAGGUGUGCGCUGCUAUCAAGGACAUGUACGAUGAUACCCGCUCCGGUCUCGAGCCUGCCGGUGCCCUUGCCAUCGCUGGCCUGAAGAAAUACGUUUCCGCCAACCCCUCAACCGACACACGCCGAUCCCUUGUCGCCGUCACGUCGGGCGCCAACAUGAACUUUGACCGCCUCCGCUUCGUCGCCGAGCGUGCCACCCUCGGCGAGGGCAAGGAGGCCCUCCUCUCCGUGCGCAUCCCCGAGCGACCCGGCUCCUUCGCUGAGCUCAUCAACAAGGUCAUGCCCCAUUUCGUUACCGAGUUCUCCUACCGCUACGCUACCAACGAGGUUGCCAACGUCCUCAUCGGUCUGUCCCUGACGGCGCCCGCUUCCCAGCGCGUCGAGGAGCUGCGCAUGCUUGUCGAGCGCGUCCAGGCCUCCGGCAUGUCCGUCACCGACCUCUCGGGCGACGAGCUCGCCAAGAGCCACAUCCGCUACCUUGUUGGCGGCCGCUCCAACGUCCCCGACGAGCGCAUCUACAUGUUCAACUUCCCCGAGCGGCCCGGCGCGCUCGAGCGCUUCCUCAACACGCUGCGCACGAGCUUCAACAUUACGCUGUUCCAGUACCGCAACUACGGCGGCGACGUUGGCAAGAUUCUCGCCGGUAUUGCGUGUCCAGACGCCGAGCUGAAGGAGCUCGAAAAGUUCCUCAACCAGAUUGGCUAUCCGUGGGAGGACUGUACCGAGUCGGAGGUUUUCAGGACGUUCUUGCGUAGUUAG